UCUUCGGAUUCCGAUCACCUUUGGAAUCUUCCGUGUGUGGGGAGCCCUAACUCUAUAUGGUCCCGAGCCACUGUUUAAUGUAUAAAUCCAGUUUUAUUGUUAUUUGGUUUGCCAAUUAAUUAUAAGGUGGGAGAGUCUGUUUUCGGGGUUAGGGUUUAUUUAUAUUUUCUGUUUUUUCCUCCGUGAACUCUUUUAUGGUUUCAUGUGAAUUCUUGAGACUGGUUAGAUUCUGAGUUCUUUUUUUAUUUAUUUUCCGAGAGAUGGAUAUGGGGAUUUCCGAUGAAUUGUUGGGAACCUUUGCCCCAAUUUUCGUUUAUUGGAUUUAUUCUGGAAUUUAUGUUGUUCUCGGAUUAUUUUCCGAGAAUUAUCGAUUACACUCGAAGAAGGAUGAAGAUGAAAAGAAUUUGGUAUCCAAGUUCUCGGUGGUGAAAGGGGUUCUUCUCCAACAAGUAGUUCAGGCUGUUGUGGCAAUACUCCUGUUUGCUGUCACUGGCGGGAAUGGUGGUGAUGAGGGAACUGCUACUGUUGAAAAUGCUUCCAUCCUUGUAUUAGUGAGACAGUUUGUUACUGCCAUGUUGGUUAUGGACACUUGGCAAUACUUUAUGCACAGAUACAUGCAUCACAACAAGUUCUUAUACAAGCAUAUCCACUCUCAACAUCACAGACUUGUUGUUCCCUAUGCAUAUGGAGCUCUUUACAAUCACCCAGUAGAGGGGCUUCUUCUAGAUACUGUGGGCGGAGCUAUGUCUUUUCUUAUUUCUGGCAUGAGCCCACGGGUCUCCAUCUUCUUCUUCUCCUUUGCCACAAUUAAAACUGUGGAUGACCACUGUGGAUUAUGGCUUCCUGGGAACCUUUUCCAUAUAUUUUUUAAAAAUAAUUCAGCUUACCACGACGUGCACCAUCAGCUAUACGGCACUAAGUACAACUUCUCACAGCCAUUCUUUGUUAUGUGGGAUCGAAUCUUGGGUACCUACAUGCCUUACUCAUUGGAGAAGAGGAAAGGUGGAGGUUUUGAAGCUAGACCUUCUAAAGAGUUCAAGGAUGACUGAUCUUUUUGUUUGAUGAGAGCAUUCUUUGUCUGUAGUAGUAGUAUUUUUACUCAUGAUGAGCCGCACUACCAACCUGAUCUGUCUGAUCUGUAUAUAUACAUAUAUGCUUCUGUGCUCAAUCUCUUGGCUUUAUUUAUGUCCAUAUCAGAUUGCCUUUUAAUAAGGAAAUUGUGGAUCUCUACCUCUGGUGGUUUUUUAUACCCUUUCAUUGCUGUCUUCA